CAGCAGCAAUGGGAGGCCAUACAGCACCCUAUGACAAAAUGGAACCCACCAGCAGUGUGAGGAGACCUGAAAGUGGCACAUGGCAGAGUGUGGCGAUGGAGACAGCAGCAAUGGGAGGCCGUACAGGGACCCAUGACACACUCUGGACCUGGCAGCAGCAUGAGGAGGCGGUACAGGGGCCCAUGACAGAUUACGGGGCCUGGCAGCAGCAUGAGGAGUCGGCGGUACAGGGGCCCAUGGCAGAGUGGCGGAGCGUAAGCAGCUAAAAUUGAAGGCCAUACAGAGGCCUAUGUUUAAAAAGUCCCCCCAGCAGCAGCGUGGGGAGACGACUAUCAAGAGUCCAAUGGCAGAGUGGCGGAGCAGAAGCAGCUUCAAUUGAAGGCCAUACACAGGCCUAG